AUGGCGGCUGUAGUGCCGUGCCGGAGACCACUGGCGGUGGCCAGCUCGUCCCCCUCCACAGCCCAUGGCCUGCGCGGGGCGACACUACCACCGCAGCGUGCCCACCCCCGCCCCCGCCCCUGCUCCGGGUUCCGGGCCACCUCCAGCCCAGAAGCUGAGGCAGCUGCUGUGACAGCGGCGCCGCCCGAGGGCCUGGCCUCCGGCGCGGUGGGCGCGUCCCUGGCCGCCCUCCCCGCUUCCGACCUGGAGACGCCCACCCCCGGCUUCGCCUCCAUCGCCGCCGCGCUUGCGGCCAUCGCCGCGGGGGAGCUGGUGCUGGUGCUGGACUCGGAGGACCGCGAGAAUGAGGGCGACCUGAUCGGCGCCGCGGACCGCAUCACCACGCGCGCCACCGCCUUCCUGGUGCGCCACACCAGCGGCGUGGUGUGCGUGGGCAUGCGCGGCGCGGACCUGGACCGCCUCCGCCUGCCGCUCAUGGUGCACAGCGCGGAGAACGAGGAGGGGUUGUACACCGCCUUCACGGUGACCGUGGACGCGCGGCACGGCAUCACCACCGGCAUCUCGGCCGAGGAGCGCGGCAUCACGCUGCGCGCGCUGGGAAACCCCGCCACCCGCGCCCAGGACCUGCGGCGGCCUGGGCACAUCUUCCCCCUCCGCGCCCGGCCGGGUGGCGUGCUGCAGCGGCCCGGGCACACCGAGGCGGGCGUGGACCUGACCCUCCUGGCGGGCUGCUUCCCCGCCGGCGCGCUGGCGGAGGUGGUGAACGACGACGAGGAUGGGACCAUGGCCCGCGCGCCGCAGCUGGCGGAGUUUGCCGCACGCCACGGCCUGCUGCGCAUCACCAUCGCCGACCUGGCGGCGCUGACCGCGCACAUGCUGCGCGCGGCGGGCAUCCACAGCGUGCGCGUCGCGGAGGAGGGCCUGGCCGCCAUGCUGCGCGCGCACGGCCUCGACUGCCGGGGCUGA